GCUGCAUGGAGUUCAGCUGUUAGCAUUAUGAUGGAAGAAAAUCCAUUGCAAGGCAGUGCACUAUUUUCCGCGCUUAGUAGCGCUUUAGAGGGUUCCGCUGCACAGUGGUUGACUCAAAUUAUGGUUGGAGGAACUAUUACUUGGUCUCGAUUCAAGGAACUUUUUAUUUCCCGUUUUGGUGGAAGAGAAACCGCAGCUUCUGCCCUUAUGAAGAUUUUUAACGAACAACCGUUAAAAGACGAGACAACUGGAGCUUUUGGGAUUCGUUUACGCUCUCUUCUCAAGGCGAGGUGGGAAAAUUUGAGUAUGGCGGAGAUUAUCAACGGCGCUGUUCUCUAUCGAUUAACAUCGCAAGAUCACCGGGUCGAACGCACAGCGCUUACGAGUGAGGUAAAAACGGAAGACCAAUUUCUUAAUGAAAUGAGGGCUUACUCGUACGCAAAGAAGCGACCGUUGCAAUCGUCCGAGAACUCGUCAAGUUCAGACCCGAAACGCUUCAAGCCAACGGAGACACGGAUUAAAUGUCUUUUCUGCGGUAUUUCUGGUCACAAAAUAUCUGAAUGUCGCAAGAAGUCAUUUCUGGACAAGAGGAAAAAUUCUCAUAGUCCAGAAGGAAGUCGACCAUCCACCGCGAUAAAAGUAACCUGCUUUAAGUGCCAUAAAGAGGGUCAUAUUGCACCAAACUGUCCGUCAAGGAAGAACAACAGCAACAGCUGCAACAACAGUGGAAAUCAGCACUCGAGCACCGAACGCCGAGUGGACUUUUGCACCGUGGAUGUUCCAGUGGGUACAAUGACCCAUAUGGAUGCACCCGAGGACGUGUGAUCGUCAGGAUGGCCGUGUCGGAGAUGAGAAUAGCUGGGUUCUUCCCAAGGGAUGGGAAAAUCCUAAGCACUUUUAGUUUAUAGCUAGAAAAUAAAACUUAGAAUUUUAAUUUUUACGACUUAAUCCGCUAAGGAAAUUUUAGUUAAACUUUCCUUAAGUCUUUUAUGACGGUAGGCUCGGGUUCGAAAGAUCACAUCUGCGGGUCUAACGUAGCCACGGUCAAGGGACAGCAAUACCCAAGUGUACAUCUUCGGAAUGUACAAUUGCAAAACGUAGCUUGUACAUUUUUUUCAGAAUAAUUACCUGAAGGAGCUACGGAUUGAAAAAUAAGUUUUGAGAAGAGUCAGUUCUCUCUGAACAGUGAGCGAUAACUGAUUGCUGUCCUUCUGACCGUGGAUUCGUUCUCUUAUCCAAGUCUGUCGUCAUUUUAUUAUUUCUAACGUUUAACAUUAACGAUAUCUUAUUUGUUAAUAUUGUUCAUAUUGCUAGUUCAGUGUAUUAAAUAAAUUAUAAUUGUUAAUAAUUAGAUAAUAAUAUUAAAUUAUACUUUUAGUGUAGUGACUAGAUAACAUUGUGUGUGUAUGUGUGUGUGUGUGUGCUACGCUUAAGUAAAACAUUGUUACAAGAAACUAUAAUUGUGUAUUAAUAAAGUUGUACGAUAUUUGUGUCAUCUAGAUAUUGUGAUUAAAUAAUAAAAUGUCUCAAGAUAAUAA